CUGACACUCAAGGAUAUCGACAUUCGCGAGGGCCGCGCCUACGGGCGGGCGGCGCCGCUGAACGUUACCGACGAUGACGGCGACUGGUUCCGCCUUGAGACACCGAAGGACAUGCUCCUGGGGGAGCUUGAUCUGCUUUUCAUGCGUAAGGACCCCCCCUUCAACGCCGAGUACAUAUUCGCCACCUACGUGCUGCAGCGUGCCCAGGACGAUGGCGCGCUGGUGGUGAAUGAUCCGCAGGCCUUGCGCGAUGUCAACGAGAAGGUGUUCAUCGCCUGGUUCCCCGAGCUGACUCCGCCCACGAUCGUGACCCGUUCCAAGGACGUCAUGCGUGGCUUCCUGUCCGAACAUGGCCGUAUCGUCGUCAAGCCGCUGGACAUGAUGGGAGGACAUUCGAUCUUUGCCCUGGAUGAAGCGGACAAGAACCUGGCGGUGAUCCUGGAGACCAUUACGGCCGGCGAACGCCGCUAA